AAUUUACAUAAAAUUUAACCCGUUUGAGAAAUAUUAACCCGAAUUCAAUUUUUCAAUAUGCAAAUUACAGUGUUUCAGUAACAAGGGGUUUUGAGGUACUCAUCAAUGGAGAAGAGAAAAUUUGUAGUGAAGGAACUUCUCAAGGACAAGAAACUCUGGUUCGCUUCAUUCCUCAUUGUCUGGGCUGCUGCUCUCCAGGGUCACAUGAUGUGGUUGCAGAGGCAAGAUUCUUUCAAGGACAAGUUUGGGAACCUAAAAAAUGAAGGCAUAGAUCAACAGGAGCUGGCAGAUAAUCAAUGAACCCGGUAACUACUUUAGUACUAGAAAAACAGUCGAGAGCAAUACUGGAAACGGCACCACAAAGAGAAGGUUCAGUUGCUUACUGCUCACAGAUGAUAGAUCCUCCACUUUUUGGAUCCUGAACUCUCAUUAGUUACUUCAAUGUACGUUUUAUCAGACUCUCAAUCCUCAGGUCACUUGUUUAUGAACUCACGUUUGGUUCGUCUUAUGAUGACAAUUACGUCUUCUAAGAUGCUAUGAGGUAGUCUACUUUUGAUAUGUAAAUGAAGGACUAGAAGUUCUGCUAAACCAACAUUUGAUAUUGUUAUCUUAUGUUUUGGUUUAUUUAGAGAAAGAAGGGGGAUUCUUCUUUGCAUUAGGUGAUUUACUUUGUAAUAACUAAGUUCACCCUUUGACAAAAUUGAAAGCAUUGUUAUUUAAUGAUAUGUUCAUUCUCAAUAA